UUGUUGUGCAUAUUAAAUCAUAUAACCGUAAAUUAACGUCCCAUUAUAAGAAAUCUUGUUUAUUUUGGCGGCAUCAAAACCGCUACUACCCACUCACUCCAAUCCACUCACCACCAAAAUCCAAUCUCUCUUCAAACAUUUCCUACUAUUUAUCACUCCAACUAUUCUUCCACAACAUCUCCAACUAUCAACAAUAUGGGGAGUUAUGUUGCCACCCCAUUUUCUUUGUCUAGUCUUCUCUGCCAUGAACAAACCGAUUCCACAUUCUUCUUUCAACAAGAUGAUGAUGAUGAUGAACAUGAAAACACCAUCUUCAUUAACUCAUCACAUAAUAUUCUUGAAGAUGAAGAGGAUGAUGAAUACAUUGAAUAUCUAUUCAAACAAGAAUUAGGAUUUGGUUCCUCCACCACUCAUUUCUUAUCCUACCAUCAUGAUGUUGAUGAUGAUAUAUUCUGGUUGAGAAAUGCUCGUUUACAUGCCAUUGAUUGGAUUUUCAAUACACAAGCAAAAUUUGGAUUCACACUCCAAACAGCUUAUUUAUCAAUCACUUAUUUCGACCGUUUUCUCUCAAAACGAUCCAUUGAUGAAUCAAAACCAUGGGCUAUUCAAUUGUUAUCAGUGGCAUGUUUGUCAAUAGCAGCAAAAAUGGAAGAACAAAGAGUUCCUCCAUUAUCAGAAUAUCCAAUACAGUUUCGAUUUGAGAACAAAGUGAUUAAGAACAUGGAGAUUUUAAUUUUGACUACUUUGGAAUGGAAAAUGGGAUUACCAACACCUUUUGCUUUUUUACAUUAUUUCUUCACCAAGUUCUGCAAUCAAUAUUCAAGAUCAGAGACAAUAAUCUCAAAAGCCACACAACACAUUGGAACAUUGGUCAAAGAUUUUAAUUUGAUGAAUCAAAGACCAUCUAUAAUUGCUUCUGCUUCUAUAUUAGCAGCUUUUGAUUCUUCAUUAACUCAGAAGGAAAUUGAUAUUAAGAUAAAGCUAAUCUCAUCAUGGGGAAAUAUAGAAAGUGAACAUGUAUUUUCAUGUUACAAUGUUAUACAAGAAAAGAAGAGAGACAAAGUUAAGAAGACACCUUCCUCGGAUUUAUUAUCAAAAGAGUCGAAUUUGACUUAUGUUGUUGAGAACAAAUCUAGUGGUUUUUCAGGAGUUAAGAGAAAGCUUGGUUAUGAGAAUAUUGAAGAUUUUCAAGAACAAAAGCUACAUCGACCUUAGAUUGUGAUUUCUAUAUAGGAAAAUUAAUUAAUUUGAUUGGUAUUUUUUUGUAUUGUUUUUAGUUGAUUAAUAGGUCUAAUUAGUAUCAUUCCCCAUUUUUAUGAAUGAGUUUGUAUUGAUUUGAUAGCAUUGAACCAAGAACAAAAAAGUUUUUGGGAGUGACAAGUGAGAAAAAGAGUAAAUAAAUGAAAAGGUUGGUUGUAGAUUUUGUUUAGAGAAUGAAUGGUGAGUGAAUGAAAGUUCACAAGGAUUGUGGUGGUGAAGUGAAAGUGAAAGCAAGAAAGAUAUGUGGAGUGUGUAAGUGGAACACUAUUUAUUAAUUAUUCAUAGUGAUAGUGUUUGCUUUUACAACUGUAAUUUAUUUGUUUUUUUUUUGUUUCAUUUAUUUGAUUCUUUUGUUGUGAAUGGAAUUAUUGAAGUACUACUACUACUUGCACUUGGGAUGCUUUGCUUUGUAUGAUGUG